AUGUUAUUUUCAACGAUGAAUAAUAAUAAUAAUAAUAAUCCAUUAAAUUAUUAUCGAGAGUCAAAUUUCACUCACUGUCAAGAUAUAUGUUUUAGUGAUUUGAAUAAUGAUUCAUGGAAAUGGGAUCUAUUAAAUAUGUCAUCGAAUUUAUUCAAAGUAGAGACGAUCGAACCAAUAAGUCAAUCAUUAUCAAUGCAUUCUUCAAUGAGUAGCUCAACAUUAUAUCCAGUUGAAAAUUUUGAUAAUGUCAAUACAAAUAUUCAGAAAACAAUUAAAGAGAAAAAUAUUUUUAAUGAAUUAUCAAUACAAAAGAAUCCUGAAUAUGUCACUCAGUCUAAUAAUAAUAAUAAUAAUAAUAAUAAUAAUAAUAAUAAUAAUAAUAAUAAUAAUAAUAAUAAUAAUAAUAAUAAUAAUAAUAAUAAUAAUAAUAAUAAUCAACCAAUUGAUUUAACAAUGAAUCAUCAUCACCAUCGUCAUGAGCAUACAACAUCAUUGUUUUAUUCAGAAAUGGAACAUAAUACAAAUGAACAAUAUAUCAAUAGAGUAUAUCCUGAUAAUUCAAAUCAUAAUGAUUCUAUAAUACUUCCAUGUUUAUUAUGUAAAACUAUUCAACAAUCUCCAUAUCAAUUAUUAAAUCAUUUAGAAAAUAUUCAUAAAAUCAAUUCAAAUCAAUUUACAAUUGAACAUAGAAAUCAUGAAAAUAUUCCAGGAACAAUAUUUAACAUUGAACAACAACAGCAGCAACAACAACAACAGCAAAUUGAUUCAUCAUUAAAACAAUCUAAUAUAAAUCAUAAAUUAAUUCAUACUGAUUUAUAUAAAUAUUCUAAAAAUUUUACAAAUUAUUUUAAUCUAUUUAAUUUUAUAUAUGAAAAUUUAUUUUAUUCUUAUCAUAAAAAGAUUAAUGAAAUGGAAACAAUCACAUCUAAUUAUUUCAUAUCAUCUAAACAUAUAAACAAUCAAUUAAUUCAUGAUGAAAAGGAUCAAGUUGAACCAUUUUCUAAUGUUAAUCUUAAUCCAUUCAAUAUAUUGGAUGAAAAUAAUCAUCAGAAUAAUUCAAUAAAUGAAAAUGUUAUAUCUUAUGAAUUAUCUUUAGAUCAAAAUUCAUUUUAUUGUUUAAAUAAGAACAAAAAGUCUAUGAAACCAUACAAUAUAACUUAUAAUUCUAAAGAUAGUUCAAUGAAAACUUCUUAUCUGAAUCGACAUUAUAUUAAUUCAAUUAACAAUACUACUACUACUACUACUACUACUAAUAAUAAUAAUAAUAAUAAUAAUAAUAAUAAUAAUAAUAAUGGGGUGAAAAAACAAACAUCCAAAUUAAUAGCUCAUUUAAGACGUGAUAUAUGUGAAUAUUGUGGUAAAAUAUUUCGAAAUUGUAGUAAUUUAACUGUACAUCGACGUAUACAUACAGGUGAAAAACCAUAUCAUUGUAAUAUAUGCACAUAUUCAUGUGCUCAAUCAUCAAAAUUGACAAGGCAUAUGAAAAUACAUAAUAAACAACAACAAAUUUGUAAAUUAAAAACAUCUAAUACUGAAUAUUCAGUAAACUAUUUAAAUAAAAUAAAAAAUAAUUGUAAACAAUGUAAUAAAAGUUUAACAUCUCAUAAAUAUGAAUGUCAUUUAGAAGCAUGUAAAUAUGUUAUUUGAUUAUUGAUGAAAACAUGAGUAUACUAUUUUAUAGAUAAGAAAAAAAAGUAUGAAAAAUUCUCCAUAGGUAAUCUGAAGAUAUUACUUGUACUAGAGGAAGAGUCGAUAAGUUCUUAUUUGAGCGCCAUUGUAAUAUAUAUCUUGUUGUAUUCAUUAAAACAAGGAUUGAUCAUUUUUCUUCUAAACUUAACUAUUUUUGUUUAAUUGUUUUACUACUUAUUUCAAAAUAAGUAGGCAAAACA